GAAGCGCCGCCGGGAGCCGGGAUCGCGGCCGCUGCUCCGCCGUCGCCAUGAUCAUCCCUGUGCGCUGCUUCACCUGCGGCAAGAUUGUCGGCAACAAGUGGGAGGCCUACCUGGGGCUGCUGCAGGCCGAGUACACCGAGGGGGACGCCCUGGACGCGCUGGGCCUGAAGCGCUACUGCUGCCGCCGCAUGCUGCUAGCCCACGUGGACCUGAUCGAGAAGUUACUCAAUUAUGCACCCUUGGAGAAGUGACCGAGCAGUCACGGCGGCUGGUGUCCUGCCCAGAGUCCGUCCCCCCGAGGUGUGGGUAGCUGGGACCAGUCCCCGCCUGCAGCUGUGUGUGUGUGUGUCUCCUGCUCUAGCAGGAAUCAUCCAGUAAAGAGCUUCUCAGGACCACA